GCGAUGGCGCCAGCUGGAGUGCGGCUGGCGGAGGAAGGAGCCUGGCGGCGGGUUGGGGGCUGGGUAACGGGCUGGGGGUUUGUCAAGGGGUUGGCGCGUAGUGAUGACGCAAAGGCUUUGUACCUGGGGCUUCGAAGUGGGACGGAAAUUGGGAGUGGAGGGCGGUGGCCUAGAUCCUCAGCUCUUCGUAUUGUUUCACGCAGCAGUGCUUUGGAGUCAGUGUAGCUCCAGUCAGUGGUAUCAGCACCUUCGCACUGGCGCUUUGCCAGGGAAGAGAGUUAUCUAUGACUUGAAUGCCUCGGUGCCGUCCUCUCGUUUCUCUGGGAAACUGCAGUACGGAGAUGCUAUCUCCAGUAAUGAGAAGGCCUUUCGUGUCUCUUCGGGGCUUCUGGGACUGCAGUAGAGAGAGAGGUGGAGGAAAACAAUGUACAUAAAUAAAGGAUAAAAUAUUUUAUGAAACAAAUCUUCAAUCAAGUAUAACAUUUUGAUGCUUGGCAUCUAGACUCCCUUGUGCCCUCACUAUGCCAGCGGCAACUGUAGAUCAUAGCCAAAGAAUUUGUGAAGUUUGGGCUUGCAACUUGGAUGAAGAGAUGAAGAAAAUUCGUCAAGUUAUCCGAAAAUAUAAUUACGUUGCUAUGGACACCGAGUUUCCAGGUGUGGUUGCAAGACCCAUUGGAGAAUUCAGGAGCAAUGCUGACUAUCAAUACCAACUAUUGCGGUGUAAUGUAGACUUGUUAAAGAUAAUUCAGCUAGGACUGACAUUUAUGAAUGAGCAAGGAGAAUACCCUCCAGGAACUUCAACUUGGCAGUUUAAUUUUAAAUUUAAUUUGACGGAGGACAUGUAUGCCCAGGACUCUAUAGAGCUACUAACAACAUCUGGUAUCCAAUUUAAAAAACAUGAGGAGGAAGGAAUUGAAACCCAGUACUUUGCAGAACUUCUUAUGACUUCUGGAGUUGUCCUCUGUGAAGGGGUCAAAUGGUUGUCGUUUCAUAGCGGUUACGACUUUGGCUACUUAAUCAAAAUCCUAACCAACUCUAACUUGCCCGAAGAAGAACUUGACUUCUUUGAGAUCCUUCGAUUGUUUUUUCCUGUCAUUUAUGAUGUGAAGUACCUCAUGAAGAGCUGCAAAAAUCUCAAAGGUGGAUUACAGGAGGUGGCAGAACAGUUAGAGCUGGAACGGAUAGGACCACAACAUCAGGCAGGAUCUGAUUCAUUGCUCACAGGAAUGGCCUUUUUCAAAAUGAGAGAAAUGUUCUUUGAAGAUCAUAUUGAUGAUGCCAAAUAUUGUGGUCAUUUGUAUGGCCUUGGUUCUGGUUCAUCCUAUGUACAGAAUGGCACAGGGAAUGCAUAUGAAGAGGAAGCCAACAAGCAGUCAUGACAUGAAAUAGUCCUUUUAUUUUUAUUUUGAGCUACACACAUGCUUGUAUAUAGGUUUUAUCUCUGGUUGAAUCCCUUGAACAAUAGACAGUACCUUUCCCCCCCCUUUCAUGGCCCAUUUUAUUGUCUGCCUUUCAGUACUAAGUAUGACCGUUCCUAUCUCAGAUCUUAAUAAAAAGAAAAAAAAAACGCAUUCAGGUUAAAUUUGGCCUUAAUUUAAUAUACUUGUUAGCAAGCGUGUGUGACAGAGAGUGGGGAAAGCUACAUCAUUGAAUAUUUUGAUAAACUUUACCUACUUGAGUUUGGUUUAUUUUUCCCUUUUCCUAAAUUAACUAGCACUGACUGUAAUUUAUUUCCCUGUUUCAUGUCUCUCCCUUCCAUUCUGCAGGAGUUUUAGCUAUUUGAGAUUGUGGACCAUCAGUUUUGCACUUUAGAGAGUGUUUCUGACUCAAAACCUGUUUUAUCAGAAAUUUGUUUUUUCUUGAUCUUAGCUGGAAAAAUCUGCCAACUUUACACAGUAUUUACUUGGUUUUGACCCACAGAAUAUAGCACAUUGUGCAAACUGUCGAUUCAGCGAAACUUAAAAAAGACAAGAAACUACUGAGGAGCUUAGUAACUGCUGUUUCUGUACGUAGUGUUUAAUCUUCCAAGCACAUCUAGUGUCUGUCAGUUUCUAAUUGGCAUGUGUAGGCUGCUCUGUGACUGAAGAAUUUUCAAACCAGCUUUACACCCUUCAGGAAAAAUCCCUUGUGAUUGGAUGUUUACUAUCUGCCAGGAAACUGGUACUCAAGAUGUUGAAGCUACAGUUAUUUUAUGAUAGCACACUUCCCUUGAUCUGCUUAUUUUUAUUCCAUCACCAUUUACCCUUUUUUUUUUUAAAAUUUUGUAGCCAUUCUUAUGAUGCUCUUGAUUUGUUGGUUACACAAAUCAAUUUUAUUAAAAUCCAAAGAUAAGUCUUUAGGUAUAUUUUGUACCAAAUUAAAUUAGAAGACAAAAAUUGCGCUUUCAUAGUUGCUACAAAGGUAAAUAAUGGAGAGAUUUGGUACAAAACAACAAAAAAUAUAUAUAUAUAUAUUCUCAUAUAUAUAUAUAGCUGAUAAAAUUACCUGAGGAGUGUAAUGCUUGUUUAUUUUUUUGUGUAUAUCUUUGCAAUCUAUUUUAUAUAUAUUGACAAAAGAGGCUGUGAAAUAUUUAGCCAUGCAGAAUAUGUGACCAGACCAGAGCAUGUGUAGGAAGACUUUUUGGUAAUCAUUAACUCUACCCCGAAAUGAUGGACUACAAGUUAUAAUGUGUGUUACCUACACUUCAAUCAGUAAUAUUAGCAAAUCUCCAAAUGUUAGUCACAUUGGUUUGUCUCCCUUGUACAUUCUUUAUUCAUGAUAUUACAGUGCUGUAACUGGGUGGUCCUUUUUAAACAAAACAUUAUUUGCAAAACAGAGGGUAUUAUUUGUUUUUAAAGCUUUUGUAAAUAAAGGCUUCAAAAUGUUUUCUUAUAAA